GUCUAAUUUUUCUUCUUUCUCAUCUCACAGCAUACACUCGCCGCGCUCCUGGGAGCCCGAGUCUUUUAAAGCAUUUGCUGCCUUUGAGCUUUUUUUUUUUAUCCCCACAAUCCUUUCCUUUCCUUGGCUCGAGAUACCUAUCUGUUUUUUUCCCCUUCGUUCUAGCGGUUGCUGUAUUUUGUCAACAUGUCUUCUUUCUUCUCUCGCAUCUUCCUGCUCGCCGCGUCUGUGACGCCGGCACUAGCCUUCUGCGGCGCCCACACCCACCUCGACCGAAGAGCGGAGGGUGAAGCGGUACCGGUUUCCACUUUUGGCUACACGGGCACGACGGGGCCGGUCCUAUGGAGUCAAUUAGACACUGCGAAUGCCCUGUGCUCGACGGGUACCGCACAGUCGCCUAUCAACAUGGUCGAAGGGCAGUUCACGCUCAUCCCGGCGUCCGACACGCAGCUGACCCUCCCCGACGUCCCGGAGGGCGCCACCUUUGAGAAUCUCGGAUCGACGGUUGAGGUUGUCAUGAAGGGGAAGGGUGGUACAUUCGUCCUCGAGGGCAAGACGUUCGAACUGGAGCAGUUCCACUUCCACCAUCCCAGCGAGCACCUCAACGAGGGCGUGAGCCUGCCGAUGGAAAUGCACAUGGUAUUCAGUGGAGAAGGAGGCGAGAUCGGUGUCAUCGGCGUUUAUGUCGACCUCAUCGACGUUCCCGUCACGCUUCAGCUACAAAUCCUAUCCCGAAGGGCGCCGUCGACCCUACUCGAGACCAUCUUCUCCUCCAUCGGCGAGAUCGCAACGCCUGGCACGGAGACGACGACUAAGCCCUUGAUCAUGUCGGAACUAACCGACCUUCUGAAUGCGGGAAGCUUCCAGAGGUACACCGGUUCCCUCACCACCCCGCCGUGCUCCGAAGGGGUCGCCUGGUCGGUGUCGACCCAGAAGAUCGCGUUGUCUAGGACCACCUACCAGGCCGUGCGCGAUGUCGUCGGAUUCAACGCCCGCUACCCUCAAAACGCACUCGGCCAGCAGAACCUUCUGUCGCUCAGCACGGGCACAGCCGCCGAAGUCAGGUUACCCACCAAUGCCACGUCGGUUCACGGACGACGACGGUUUUAAAGAGGAGUUCGAUAUGCUUCGAUAAGAGAUGGGCCAGAAUGAGAAAUUCCGGGUCGAGCGUGGCUUAUUCCGGCCGGAAGAACCCGAUCUAUUCGGGGGACAGUCCAGAAAGAAUACGCA